AUGCCCAUUUCUAUGUCGGUCAGCCUUCCUUAUAGCAUACAGGAUCAGAUCCUCGGAAAUCUUCACCAGAUUGAUAAAGUACAGCUAUCUUACACGUGCAGAGCCUGGUUCAAUAUAUGUAUAGAGAAUUUGUAUAGCAGUAUAUAUAUCACAGAACGAAAGUUCCCCAUUGUAGAGGCGUAUGAGUACUAUGAAGACGACAAACGAGGUAACUUACACAACUGGACCAUAGUUAAGUCAGAUUUGAGGCAGAAUUCUCCCAUUAAACUAUUGGAACGUACAUUAGCCGAGAGCAACGAGGCGAUAGGUAAAAAGAUAAGAAAUAUCGUUUGUGAUGAUAUCACAUUCAUUCUAUUUAAAUUGAAUUCUUGGAAUAGGAGAUUUCAAUUGAGUCACCGAAUACACUCAAUUUUCUUUGCCAAUGUUCCCUUAAACCACUUGAUGACGAUUUAUGACGACUUAGAUAAAUUUUACACACACUCUGUUGGACUUAACUUGACAUCUGUGCAGUUGUUCAAUUUUAACGAUUUACGUAAAUUUACUCAGAUGACUAGAUUAAGAAACAUCAGCUUUUAUAUAUCUGAUUUACUGUCAUUAGAUGUGAAACCAUUGACAAGAAUAGAAAAGCAGAACAUCAUUCAAUGUCUCAGGAGACUUAAAUCUAUAGAGAUUGUAUCUACACACAAUUUGAGUUUAAACUUCUUGGAAAACAUUGAAGCUGAACUAAGAAGUGAGUUAAACUUGGGCGAGCUAUUACUCCCCAAUGUAAAUACAAUUAGCUUGAACCAUACUCAUGGUCAAACUAUUGUCAACGAUAGAUAUAACUUCAGCAGUAGAUAUGAUUUGAGUAAAGAAAAGAAAUUGGAUUUCUCCAUAUUGAAGAGACUAUUUAAUCUCAAGAAUAUCAAGAGCAUGAAAAAGUUAAAGAUAGGGUGCAACCACAUUCUUCAAUUGAGAGACAGCAGGCGAGAUUUGGAUGACGUUUUAGAAGAUCAAUUAUCAGAAAUAUCUGAUAAUGAAAACUGCAACUGUUUAAAAACUUUCUUAGUGGAGAUGGACUUGCCUAAUGUUGAGACAUUCAAUAUUAUUAAAGAUGGCCACACGAUAUUGAUUAACCCAUUUAGUUUGUACUACUUCCGUAAUCAGCUCAUUAGUCUACUUAAGAGGAGUGGGCAAUUUAGUAAAUUGAAGAGACUUUCCAUUGAUACCCAAUGUACCAUAUAUCCAUUUUAUGAAUUCCAAAAUGAUACAAAGUUUCACACUAUCGUUACUAAAUUUCAUUUACAAAGUAAAGAACUACUUAAUGCUAUACGUAUCAAAAAACAGAUCGAGAAAGUAGAUUUCCCAGAUUACUACCAGUCGAUGUAUAUUUGGGAAAUUGCAGUGAAAAUGAUUGAAAGUGAAAGUAUAAUCAAUUGCAGAUGUGUUAACUGUAUUGCAGUUAAUCAAAACAUUGUCAACUUUUUGAAAACGAAUAAGAAAAUUCAAUUUUAUCUUAAUCCAACAAGUUUGAAGACAUUUAAUCAAUACUACUUUGAUUUAAUAGAGGUGAUAUUGAGAAUAUUGAAGAACGAAGGAAGUGAUUUGCGAGGGAGAAACAAUUGUAAUGGUAGCACAGCAAGACCUGACGACUCGGUUUCGAAGAUCUCACCAGUUGCACAACAGCAAAUAUACAUCGAAAAUCAAGAUGAAAUCAUGUCGCUAGUGAACAACGAAUCAGCUCCUUGGAGGAACAAGGAGAUCUCCUUGCAUUCAAUAUUCCAGCAUGAAUCGUAUAAAGAAUUGGUUAACUAUAACUUUGUAAGAGACUUGUCACGAGUAUUAACCAGUGACGAAUACAAUGCUAGAGGGUCGUACAAUCCAUAUGAGAUUACAUGCGAAUGUACCGGAGGUGAGUUAAAAGAAAUGAUCGAGUACAUUCAGCAUCAAGUUAAUAGAAAGGAACAUGGGAUACCGAUUACAACCAAUUCGUUAAAUAACACAUUGUGA